AUGGUAUCUCACCAACCGCGCUCGUCCCAUUCGCAUUCCCAGUCGCGAGGUUCCCAGCAGAACCCGUCCGCCGCGACCUCGAACACACCGUCCCACACAAAGAGACCUUCGUCUUCCUCGGAUCAUCGUGCUCCAAGUCGGGAUGGAAGAAUCAGCCGGGAAGGCUCAGCACAGCGGGCAGCUCAAGAUGUUGCGGGCCUCAAGGAUUUCCAGCUGGGCGACUGUUUGGGCAAGGGAGCGUUUGGCAGUGUAUACCGAGCUCUGAAUUGGGGCACAGGCGAGACCGUGGCAAUCAAGCAAGUGCGCAUGGAGAACCUGGGUGCCGCAGAGCUUAAGAAUAUCAUGUUGGAAAUCGACCUGCUCAAAAACCUGAAUCAUGCCAACAUUGUCAAGUACCAUGGCUUUGUUAAAGGGACGGAGUCUCUUUAUAUUAUUCUUGAGUACUGUGAAAACGGGUCGUUACACAGCAUUUGCAAGAAUUUCGGCAAGUUUCCAGAGAACCUAGUUUCACUGUACAUGUCCCAGGUCCUUCAAGGGCUUCUCUACCUUCACGAACAGGGUGUGAUUCAUCGGGAUAUAAAGGGCGCGAAUAUUCUCACCACAAAGGAGGGCUUGGUUAAACUUGCGGAUUUCGGUGUGGCCACAAAGGCAACAGGAUUGGACCAGUCGAGCGUGGUAGGUACCCCAUACUGGAUGGCUCCGGAGGUCAUAGAGCUCUCUGGUGCAACUACCUCGUCAGACAUAUGGAGUCUGGGAUGUACUGUUAUUGAGUUGAUUGAGGGGAAACCCCCUUACCACAAACUGCAGCCAAUGCAAGCUCUGUUCAGGAUCGUCAACGAUGAACAUCCCCCUAUUCCAGGCAGUGCGUCUCCUCUCCUACGAGAUUUCCUCAUGGAAUGCUUCCAAAAGAAUCCCACUCUACGGAUCUCUGCAAAGCGACUGUUGAAACACCCAUGGAUCCAGAGCGCAAAACGAACAGUUCCAGCGGUACCGACGAAACCUACCGAAUAUACAGAAGCCGUGAAGUCUGUACAAGAGUGGAAUGAAGCUUUGAGAUCACCAAGCUCUCUUCGACGGAACAACCGCUUGGCACUCGGCGCGAAAUCUCCGCCUCCCUCGACCGAAGAGAAAGUCCCUUCUCGCAAGCCAUCGAUGAAUGUGAGCUCCAACGUCGCGAGGCAAAGGGUGUAUCCAGACUCAUUCCGCUCACCGGAGAUGGACGCAAACGACAAUUGGGACGAUGAUUUCGCGGAAAACAUUUCUCCUAGGGCUCUCCAUUUUCCCCAGUUAAAACCUCAGGAUAACUUUGCCGGCAUGCUGUCUAGGGAUAGGCUAAAGGCCUUUGCAAGCUUUGAGUCCGUCACAGAAGACUCAUCAAACAUUGACGGUGAAGCUACGGUGAAGAGUCCCUCCGAUCUGCGGAGAUAUCUCCGUGAGCAUUCAGGUUCGAUUGAAGAGCCGGAGACAGUCAAAUCAUCGUCCAUCAGAGCAAAGCCUUCCACUUCUCGAGCAGUGUCUCGAACUCUGCCUAUAGAGGAUCGCCAGGAAGAUCCAAAAACUGCCUUUCUUCGUGGCGUUCCCAAAGCGUCACAACUGCCAAAAACCAAGGUGGCAGCACUAGCUCGACCUUCCUCGCUUUUUCGUGAAGAUUCCAACGAAGACUACACAGAUCUAUUACCAGAGGACGAAGACGCUUUUGUGCAACGGGUCAAGGCAAUGCAAGGUACGCAGCCUUCGUCUAUGCCGCAAAGCAAAAGGAAGGGUUCAACGGCUGCGGAGACUUUCUCGCCAAAGUUAUUCCACCCCAGCGAUCUUACCACGGCACCGAAGUCAACAAAGGACGUGAAAACGGGCGGCAGCUUGCGGCAACGAUCAACGUCGACUACCUUUCAUCGCAAGCAGAUGCAACGCUCUCAAUCCGAGAUCGAGAUCCAGAAAUACGCUGAGGACGAUCAGGAUGAUUUCUCUGAUGUCUGGGGUGAUAUCAAACAACCAUCUAGGCCUGAAAGCGACAGCGGCUCAGAACACAGCUCUAUGGCUAUGGUGACGUCGAAAAUGGCAUCUUCAUUCGUCGUGGUGGAUGACGACGAGAUCGAUCCUUUUGCCAAUUUGGAAGAAGGCCUGGAAAAUAUAAACCUCGAGAACAACGUCGCUCGGGACAGGGAUGAUCGAUUGGCGAAGCAAACGGAGAAUCUCGUCGGCUGUUUGAAAACAAGUCAGCCAGAUGACGUCCUCCUUGACAUUGCGGACCAGCUCCUUCAAGUGCUGUACGAGUCUCCGGACAAGAAGGCCAUUGUCCUGCGCUCACACGGUCUUCUGCCAAUACUGGAGAUCCUUGGGACUAUACCUCCGAACGACGUCGUCCUAAGACUUCUCAAGAUUGUCAACAUGAUAAUAUUAGAUGAUGCUGAGUCUCAAGAGAGCCUGUCGUUCUUGGGAGGCAUUCCCAUUAUUUGCAACUUUGCAUACAAGCGAUAUCCCAGCGAAAUCCGAAAAGAGGCAGCAGCGUUCGUUCGCCAAAUGUAUCAAACAAGUACACUGACUCUACAAAUGUUCAUUGGUUGCGGUGGCAUCAACGUCCUUGUUGAGUUUCUUGAAGAAGAUAUCGAUGCAGAGCGCGACCUUGUUCUCAUUGGCGUGAAUGGUGUGUGGAGCGUGUUCGAAUUGCAGGGGCCAACUCCCAAGAACGACUUUUGUCGCAUACUCUCCAGAAGCUCUGUUCUGUAUCCCUUGAGCCUGGUGCUAAAUCGGGUAGUGGACGAGACGGGAGAACUGGCCGAACUAAUCGAAGGGCGAAUAGUUAAUAUUUUCUUGAUUUUCUCGCAGGCGGAGAGCCACGUGAAAGACCUGGUUGCUGACCGAAUGAUCCUGAAGCGUGUGCUGAAGGAUCUCCGGAAAAUGUCUCCGGCCCACCAAGUGACAAUGCUGAAGUUUAUUAAGAACCUCUCCAUGCUGUCGUCCACCCAUGAAGCUCUGCAGAACUCGAACGCGAUAGACAUUCUCAUCGAACUUUUGAAGACGUCAAAGAAGAGCCCGCUGCAGCGGGAGAUCGCCAAUCAAAUCCUCAACACCAUGUACAACCUCUGCCGGCAUAACAAGUCUCGACAGGAAGAAGCCGCAUUAUCGGACGUGAUUCCGUUGUUGAAGGAUGUCGUGCAGCAAGGCGGGCCCCUCAAGGAGUUUGCACUCCCAAUCCUUUGUGAGCUGGCGCAUUCAGGCAAGGUCGCGCGCAAGAUGUUGUGGGAUGCUAAGGGCCUCGCGUUCUACAUUGGAAUGCUGAGUGAUCGAAACUGGCAGGUCACCGCUCUGGAUGCUAUCUUCGUCUGGCUCCAGGAAGAGACUGCUCGAGUGGAGCAAUAUCUCCUAUACUCCAAUUUCAGCACAGCUAUAAUCUCGUCAUACACUUCCCCUGAACUUUCUCAGGCAACCUUCGAGAGUAUGCUCGAACCACUCCAGAAAAUUGUGCGCCUGUCGCCUCCGAUCGCCGCCUCUCUUGCGGUUCCCGAGAUUUUCACACGCACUGUGCAGAAGCUAAGCCACAAAGAUGCUGUCACCCGCCUCAAUCUCCUCCGCAUUCUCCGUACCAUCUGCGACGCGAGAGAAGAAGAAUGCACCCUUAUCAAGCAAUUCGGGGUCUACGACACAAUUCACCACUUGUCAAACUACGACCCGGCUAUCCUUGUCCGUCAAAUGGCUGAAGAGCUUGUCCGCAGUUGCGAUGCCGUCGGCAAAAUCAGCGUAUCCCGUGCCUCAGGCUUCCGGCGUCCAACCUCAAGUGCAGGAGCACGCGCUGGUUCAGGCUCAAGCACUGGAUCCGUCGUAGGAGCGGGAAUCACUCCGCCCACUCCCAACAGCUUAAAAAACACCUUCCUUCUUCCAAGCAUGUCCCCCAUACCUAGUUCUCCAUCGGCUCCAUCCGCCUCCGGCCGUGAGCGAGAACGAGUAACUCGAAGUCAGUCCACUGCUGGUAUAUGGGACUCGCCUCACGCGCAGGAAUCGCCUCGUCCAGCUCAGCUUACGCGCGCCUCUACGGCUUUUGCAGCCGUACCCGCAUCUCCAUCCGCAACUGGAUCGCCCUCAGUAUCGUCCUCCCGCACCUCUGUACGACCUGCAAGCAGAGACAGCCAAUCCUCCAUCUCGCGUCUCGAAGCCAGCCGCGAAGGCAGUCUACUCAACUCCAGCUCCUCGGGCAAAAGCAGGCUUCCCAAAGCGCGAUCGGGUCGCUUGUCCGAAGUGGCCAGUAGUCGUCGGCGGGGGAACAGCGCCGCUUCUGGGACGGAGGAGAAUCAAACGCCGGCUACGCCGCCGUUGCCGAGGUUGCAGAUUGCGAGACGGAGGAGGGAUACCAGUGGCGAGGUGGGGGUGUUUCCGUUGGGUAGGAGGGGGAGUAGGGUUGAGGAGUAAUGGGUAUGGUUGGAAGGUGAGAAGAGCUGGGUUUGACGCGGCCGUGAUAGGUGUUGGGUGUGCAGGUUUGGUUACACGGAGAGGAGGAUGGAAGCAUGGUGUUAGGGAGUAAUUGUUCUCUUGUCGGACUGCGCGCCUGUGGCGUGCAUGCCGCCUUUUGCAUGGGCCAUUUUCUUUUGUUCUCCGUUUACGGUGGCAGGCUUCUAGAUGAGGCCCCUAGAUAUACAUAUGCAUUGCUGGCGUUUGGGCAUUAGCGAAUUGAAUUUAUUCAUCAUCCGGACGAGAA